GGAUGCCAAGAAGCAGGAUGGACUGGAAGAGGAUUGUGUAAAUACACAUAUAAGGUCAAUGUAUUUGGGAGAUAAACUUAAAUGCUGGAUACAGUUGAAAUUUGAUAUUUAAUAGGAACUGACACAUGUUUAUGGAAUGUUAACAAUAGAGGAUAUGUCUGUUUGUGAAAUGAUUUAAAGGUCAAAGUGCUUCUUCAUUUUGUGUUGUUGAUGCUCAAGCUACAAAAUCCCUUUGAACGUCUUUAAAUUGUUAGUGUCUGGUAAAUAAUACUCUGUGGUUAAAGACAACUACAGCUUAUAAGUGUAAAGGCAGACCUAGGGCAAUCAAAGGUUAUAGUCAAUGUAAGGCAGCUGCAUAAGCAAACAAAAUGUCCCUCUCGAUAGAGAACACAGACAGUCCUGCAGAAGCACCAACUGAAGAGGCAGGUGAACAUACAGACACACCAUCUAGAUCUGGCACCCGUGAAAGAAAGUUAACAGAAAAGGGCCAAGAGAUGUGUGAUCUACUCACCAAAAAACAUGAGAAAGCAUUUAGUAAGGCCUAUGACUCUUGGAAGCUGGUAGCAAGGGAGACAAGGACAAAACUAAAAACCCUCUGCUCAUUAGAGGGCCUCGACAGGCUCCAACAAGAUAUCCAAGUGCAGCGUGAUGCUGUAAGCCUGCACUAUGAACCUAUUUUACGUAACAGUAAAACAACACCAGAAAUUGUCCAAAAAAUGGAUGCCUGCGGUACUCUAACAAAGGAAAUCCGUGACCUCAUAGGUAAACGUCUAGAGACUAUUAAUGAAGACUUUAAUGACCAACUGGAGAAGGAAAGAGUGAGAGCAACCUUAAACAAAGAUGAAUAUGGCUCUGUUUUUGGUCACACCAAAACUGAAACUGUAAGCUCAUCAGAGUCAAUAGAGAGAUCAAGUGACCACUCCAGUUCAGCAGGUACCCAUAAUAGCAAAAUAGAGGCAGAAGCAGAGCUCGCUGCAAAGCUGGAACAAGCAAAGGCCUUGAGAGAAAUUCAAGCCCAGCAAAUGCAUCUUCUUAAGUUAGAAGGGGAAUGGAAGCUUAGAGAAGCAAGAAUUUUGUCAGAACUUGAACAAAGGAAGGUCGAAAUGCAACAACAGUUGGAGCAGGAGAGAACAAAACUUGAGCAGUUGCAUGCAGAAAAGGAAGUUGCAAUAGCAGCAGCUCGGGUGAGAGCAUAUGAUGAUUUUCAAGGUUUGGGGAGCCACGAAGAGAUUGAUAAUCUAAUUAACUCUGCUUACCAUCAGACAGAAACUGCAGCUCGAUUGAAUCCAGACGCUGCCUCGUUCCAGCCUCACAGAGCAUCUCCUGAAGUAACAGUGGCCCAAGAGUCUGACAGUCUAGCUCAAGCAAUAGCAAACUCAUUAAGCAUGAGCCGCUUGCCGGUCCCUGAACCCACAAUAUUCAGUGGUGACCCCUUAAGGUUUACAGACUGGAAGAUUUCAUUCAUAACUCUUAUUGAAAGAAAACCUCUCCCAGCAAAUGAGAAGAUGUUUUAUUUAAAACAUUAUCUAGCUGGAGAAGCACGCAAGGCUGUAGAAGGCUUCUUUUAUCGAGACUCAGAGGACGCAUACAAGGGAGCAUGGCAAGUUUUACAAGACAGGUAUGGGAACCCGUUCAUCAUCCAGAGGGCUUUCAGAGAUAAGCUUGCAAGAUGGCCAAAGAUAGGUGCAAAUGAUCCACUAGCACUACGAGAGUUCGCUGACUUUCUUCAAGGCUGCACUGAGGCAAUCUCUCACAUUAAAGGACUAGCUAUCCUUAAUGAUUGUGAGGAAAACCACAAGUUGCUCAAGAAAUUGCCAGAAUGGAUUGUGCGAAAGUGGAGUCCAAUUGUUGUAGAUGCACUUGAUACAUCUGGAAGUUACCCAGAUCUUGCAUGCUUCACAAAGUUCCUGAAUAGAGAGGCACGAAUAGCCUGCAACCCUAUUGCCUCUCCAUUCUCAAUGGAUUUCAAGCAUACAGAUGAGAGGUCAUCAAAGAGAGCCAAAGCUCUCAACACAAACGCUAAGAGUUCUACUCCAGAGAAACAAGACACAAAUUACAGCAAAGUAAAAGUACCCUGCUGUGUUUGUAAAAAUGAAACCCAUGGUAUCGCAAAGUGCCCCACCUUUACUGCAAAAAGUAUUGAAGAUAAAAAGGCAUUUAUUCUCGAAACGAGGCUGUGCUUUGGGUGCUUAAGAAAGGGUCAUAUUACCAAGGACUGCAAAAGGCGACACACAUGUAACAUUUGUAGCCGUCGUCAUCCAACCUGCUUACACGAAGAGAGGAAGCAAAGACCCUUAGAAGUAAAAACAAAUGGCUCCACAUCCACAGAAGAACGCACCAGCCUGGAUACUCACAGUGUCGUGUCCCACACAUCAACACAUCGUGUGUCUGCUACCUCAGCUAUUGUUCCUGUCUUCGUGUCCUCAGUGCAUGAGCCGGAGAGAGAAGUACUCACCUAUGCACUACUGGAUACCCAGAGUGAUUCAACGUUCGUCUUAGAAGAUGUACUUGAUAAACUGAAUGUAGAUGCCCGACCAGUAAAGCUGAAACUUAGUACUAUGACAGCUAUCGACACAAUCAUAUCAAGCAAGAAUGUCCAUGGUCUACAGGUUCGAGGAUUCCAUUCCAUGGACUACAUCCAACUGCAGCAGACCUACAGCCGCGACUUUAUCCCGGUGGACAAGUCGUACAUCCCAACAAAGAAAACAGCACUACUGUGGCCUCACCUCAGGCACCUGGCAGACAAAUUGCCACCCGUCCAGGACUGUGAUGUAGGGCUUUUAAUCGGAUAUGACUGUCCACCAGCAUUAGCGCCCCUUGAAGUUGUGUUAGGUGGCAAAAAUGAACCAUUUGCACAGCGAUCAGAACUAGGAUGGACCAUAAUAGGCACAUCAAAUCCUCACCUAGACCGACAAGGAAAUCAAAGCUUUGUGCAUCGUCUCAAGGUAAGGGAGCUGCCAAUCCCAUCUGCAACGGAUGUUCUGAAAGCCUUGGAAUCAGACUUCAAUGAGAGAACUUAUGAAAAUAAGUAUGUGUCCCAGGAUGACGUUCAUUUCAUACAGUUCCUCAAUGAACACAUCAAGCAGAAGGAGGAUGGGCAAUAUGAGAUGCCCCUCCCUUUCAAGGGGAACAGUCCACCCGCUCUACCAAACAACAAGAGGUUAGCCACAGUUCGCCUUCAGUGUCUUAAGAAGAAGCUAAAGGCCAACAAACAAUAUUACGAUGAAUACAAAGCAUUCAUGGAGGAAAUAAUCAACAAGGGUGAGGCAGAGCUUGCCCCUACAGCAUCUGAGGAGAAGACAGAGUGGUACCUUCCACAUCACGGAAUAUAUCAUCCCAGAAAACCAGGAGUGCUAUGCCGCUUCAGGAAGGAGGCUAUAGCAGUUAUCUGUGACAUUGAAAAAAUGUUUUAUCAGUUCUCUGUCACUCCUGAAUCCAGGAACUAUCUGAAAUUCCUCUGGUGGAAGGAUGGAGAUUUGGAGAAGGAGCCACAGGAGUACAGGAUGGCAGUUCAUCUUUUCGGGGCUGCCUCAUCUCCAGGAUGUGCCAAUUUUGGCUUAAAACAUCUGGCACGACAACACCAUGCUAGCUAUCCAGUGGCAUCAACAUUUAUGGAGAAGAACUUCUAUGUUGAUGACGGGUUAGUCAGCGUUUCAUCAGUUGAGGAAGCUGUGAAACUGAUCACUGAGUCCCAAGAGCUGUGCAAAAGAGGAGGCCUACGCCUCCACAAGUUCAACUCGAACAUGGAAACAGUACUCACCUGCAUUGAACCCUCAGAAAGAGCAGCAACCACUGAACCUCUAGAGCUGAACCCCACCCCAUCAGAGCGUACACUCGGCAUUCAGUGGUCGACAAAGGGUGACACAUUCAGCUUUAACAUCAGCCUGAAAGAUCAGCCAGCAACCCGUCGUGGUUCACUGUCAGUCAUUGCCUCUCUUUAUGAUCCACUUGGAUUCAUCGCUCCAUUUAGCCUAAGUGGAAAGCGUGUCCUUCAAGAGCUGUGUCACAGAGGCAUCGGAUGGGAUGAUCCCCUCCCAAAAGAUGUGAAGCCACGGUGGGAGGAGUGGAUAAAGGGUCUUAACACAUUGAAAGAGGUCUCAAUUUCGAGAUGUUAUCACCCACAGAACUUCCAUAACAUUGUUAGGAUAGAGCUGCAUCAUUUUUCAGAUGCCAGCUGUGUGGGAUAUGGUGCAUGCUCUUACCUCAGGUACAAAAAUGACAACAAUGAGGUUCAUUGCAGUCUUGUAAUGGCAAAGGCACGGGUUGCACCCAUGAAGAUCAUGAGUAUCCCAAGACUGGAACUCUCAGCAGCAGUUGUUUCUACAAAAAUCAGUGUGAUGCUGAGAAGCGAACUUUAUAUGAAGAUCGACGAAGAGUUUUACUGGACAGAUUCGCAAGUUGUAUUAGGCUAUAUCAACAACGAUGCUCGCAGGUUCCACACAUUUGUUGCAAAUCGAGUACAACUGAUUCGAAAUAACAGUGACCCCAGUCAGUGGCAUUAUGUGGACACCUCAGAAAACCCAGCUGACCACGCAUCCCGAGGUCUUAGUGCAGCGGGCAUUCAAUCAACAAAUUGGCUUCAAGGACCCAAAUUUCUCUGGGAGCAAGAAUUGCAUCUCUCACCCAGCGUUCAAACAGAAGUACUGGUUGGUGAUCCUGAAGUUAAGUCAAUCCAGGUGCUAGUAACUGAAACACUUAAUUGCAGUGACAUCCUCAAACGUCUGAGUCACUUUUCAUCUUGGACACCACUUAUCAAAGUGGUUGCAAGAAUUAAGAGGUUGGGUUCUAGACAGAAACAGCAUAGUGAACAUGUGGCUGUUGAAGAGCGUGAGAAGGCUGCGGAGGAAGUGGUGAAGCUUGUUCAGCGGCAAGCCUUCCCCCAUGAAUGGAAAAUGCUUCAGAGUGGCAGGGACCUCCCAAAAUCAAGUUCUCUUUUCAGUCUCAACCCUAUUUUGUAUGAAGGGCUUCUCUGUGUUGGUGGGAGAUUGAAACAGUCAUCUCUCUGUCACAAGGUGAAACAUCCAGUCAUCCUUCCUAAUGACAGCCACAUGACUAAGUUGAUCGUAUCCCACUACCAUGCUAAGACAUGUCAUCAGGGUCGAUGUCAAACCCAAAUGGAGCUUAGGACCAAUGGAUUCUGGGUCAUUGGAGGGAGCAAGCUGGUUGCUAAGUUGAUACACACCUGUGUGCUAUGCAGAAAACUUAGACGACCGACGGAGAAACAGCAAAUGGCAGAACUCCCUAAAGAACGUGUGGAAGCUACUGCACCCUUCACGUAUAGUGGCAUGGACUGUUUUGGUCCAUUUAUUGUAAAGAAAGCUCGCAAAGAAUACAAAAGUUAUGGCCUGAUUUUCACAUGUCUAUGUUCCAGAGCUGUCCACAUUGAAAUGCUUGAAGAUUUGUCAACAGACUCAUUUAUCAAUGCCCUGCGAUGCUUUAUAAGCAUCAGAGGAGCUGUUCGACAACUGCAUUGUGACCAGGGGUCUAAUUUCGUUGGAGCGCGAAAUGAGUUUAAGGAAACGCUUAAACAAUGUGACUCCAAGCUACUAGAAAUCUUCUUGACUGAGAAACAAUGUGAAUUUGUUUUCAACGCCCCCUCCGCUAGUCAUGCAGGUGGUGUUUGGGAACGUCAGAUCAGAACUGUGAAAAACGUGCUGAAUGCCACCCUUGCGCAAUGCACAGGCCGAAUUGAUGAUGCUUCCCUAAGAACACUGUUUUAUGAAGCCAUGGCUAUCGUUAAUAGCCGCCCAUUGACAGUGGAUGGAAUCAAUGAUCCUCAGAUGCCAGAGCCUAUAACACCUAAUCAUCUCAUUAUGAUGAAAUCUAAAGUUCCUCUUCCUCCGCCAGGAGUAUUUGUGAAGGAGGAUCUGUAUGCAACCAAGAGGUGGAGACGAGUUCAGUAUCUGAUAGAACAGUUCUGGAGUCGUUGGAAAAGAGAGUAUCUGCUCAAUAUAUCCACAAGACAGAAAUGGCAUAUACCCCAACGCAACCUCAAAGUGAAUGAUAUCGUUAUUAUCAAAGAUGACAACCUCCCGAGAAACCAGUGGCAACUAGGUCGAGUGGUGGAGGCUGCUCAAGGCAGUGACGGCCUAGUUCGUCGAGUCAAAGUGCAAGUUGGGGAACGAAAAUCUCAAGAAAAACAAAAUGCCCCCAUUAAACCUUCAGUUAUUGAGCGACCAGUUCAAAAAUUGGUACUUCUCUUAGAGAGCUGAUUUCAACAAACUGAGUGGCAAUUUGUGAGUACGCUGCUGUAUUGUGUAUGAUCUAUACCUAUGCACAUUUAAUAGCACUGCUUGAAGUUAUUCGUUUAGUAGGUUCAAGAAAUCCUGUGUAAAUUCAUUUACUCCUGUAUUAGUUCAUUCAUUACAACAGGAUUUGGUGGGAGUGUAAAUGCCUACUAAAUGUGAUGAACAUUCUCCUUUUAUAGUGAGUGUUUAUGGGUGGCUCCGGGUGUGCUCGCAACUUUCAGUUUGUUCUUGCCGUGUUGCGCUUUUAUUUUGAAAGGUUAUGUUUACGGUUGCCAUGCCAACACUCUGCGGCCGUCUGGUUUGGCUCUACGUGUAGAUAACGUUGUGAGGUGGAAGACGAAGAAAGCCAAGUGGUAUUUAUUGUUUAUAAGUUGAUGUUCGUAAGACACAAGCUUGUCUUGUCAUUUGUUGCAUUAUCUUUACUGUUUCGCUCUUUUUUCCACGCACGCUCUUUAGUGCAGAGCUCGCUAGCGGAGAGGUCCGGGUCUAAAACUUGAUUAGCGCCCUUGGAGAGCGGAAUGAGUUUUCACGGUGUCAAGAUGGCAAAGUGUCACAGUACCACUGUCUGGCGCUUACCAAAGGAAGAGAAAUAAACGACACCCGUUUGAAACUCUACGUGUUUGGUUUAUACCAUCCAAGGGGCCGCUACAGUGAAAACUCAACGCUGCACCAGUCUGAAAAUUCCUGCGCUUAAGCCAUCACAUGCAAGGUACAGCUAAUGAACAGUUGAAUUCGCACCCAGCCCCCCCCCCCAGGCAAGAUUUGAAACAAAGAGUACUCUUAGGAUUCACCUCCAGUGUCAGGAGAGACUGGAUGCCAAGAAGCAGGAUGGACUGGAAGAGGAUUGUGUAAAUACACAUAUAUGUCAAGGCUUCUUUCAGCUGAACAAACAGCACGAGGCUACGAGAGAACCAAGAAUGGUGCAUGCAGCUUCCUGCAGCCAAUGUUCUGUUGAAUUACUGAGAUACACAGCACACUGGAGGCUGCUCUUUAUUACAGUGUGUUUUUAAGGACCUAAUAAGCUACUUUCCAGCUCCACAUAAUUAUGUUUGGCCUCUAGAAAAACAGAUCUGCAUAAUUGUCAGCUCAAAAUAAUCCUCAUUUAUCUUAUACCAGGAGCUGGUGCAGCUCCUCAGUUCAUCUUCUGUCUAAAACAAGCUGCCUCUCACUUUAGGCCAGCUUCCUUCUGAUUGGCUGUCCCUCACAAACAGAAGAUUUAAACUGCAGGUAAAUGGGGCUUCUGUGCUCACAACCAGAACUGUGUGCUUAAAAUAACCAUAUUAGGAUAUCGGGUCUUUGUGACAUCAUGCAGAGCUGAGAGUAGAAAAAAAAGUCUAAAACGGAUUGUUUAGAGCUUCCUGAAUCCCGAGCCUUUGGCUCACAGGGAAUACUUUCACAUACACUGACUUCAUUAUUCAUUAUGAGAAACUUUGGCCAAAUUCUGACUAACAUCUGAAUUAUCACAGCAGAAAUCCAGACUCAUCAGACCAGGAAACACUUUUCAAAUCUUCUAAUGUCCAAUUUUGGUGAGCCCCGUACCCUCAGGUCCUAUCAACAGAAAGGAAAAUUCUCCCCUGACUUCUGCCAUCAACAAGCCGUUUUUCCCCACAGAGGACUGCCGCUCUUUUUCAGGCCAUCCUCCAUGAACCAUUAGGAUGGUUAUUUGGGAACAAUCCCAGUAGAUCAGCAGUUUCGGAAAUACUCAGACCCGCCCGUCUGGCACCAACAAUCAUGCCACAUUCAGAGUCACUUAAAUCAACUUUCUUCACCAUUCUGAUGCUCAGUUUGAACUUCAGCAGGUCAUCAUCGACCAUGAUUACAGGGCUAAAUGCACUGAACUGAUGGCAUGUGAUUGGUUGAUUAGAGAUUUGCGUUAACGAGUAGUUGAGCAGGCAAAUCUAAUAAAGUGGCCAUGAGUGCAGAUUAACCCUGAUACCCCCUGAUACCACACUGCAGCUGCUGCACCAGGUGAGACUGAGAGAAGUUACAAGAAACUAAAUGCACAACGCAAAUCAGCCUGUUGUUUACCUAUUACUGCACUACAUGUGUGCACAACAUCUCAUUUCAAUGAUUUAUUAUUUCUGGUGGUGAAUUUCAAUAGUAACAGCUGUUGGACUUCCUGUUUGCUACUGAAGAAAUUCUUUGAUAGCAGCUUAUUAUCAUCAUCAUGGCUGAACACAUUCAAGUGUUUUUGUAAGUCACAGCAAACUCUACAUUUUUCAGGCUUUAACUGUUAGUGAGACAAAAACAGACAUUUCAAUAUGUGUAACUUACAAGGAACAAACAUUUAAAUCAAAAUGUAAAACCAUAAAAUGAUUCAGUCAUUAAAUAACACCUUAAACAGGACGUGUUUGAGCUUCAUUCAGUGUAAGUACGAGAUACUAAAGCUGAUUUAUUAUGCUUUUCCUUAUUGAUCUGGCAUACAUAUAGUGGAUGCUCAUAUCAAGGUUAAAGUUUCGAGUAAUGAGGUCAAACCUUCUAUUUGAGUGGAGCAGCCAAUCAGAAGAUAGCUGGCUUGUUUAUGGUGGAUUAAAGUGAUCUUAUUGCGUGUUUUACACAUAAAAACAUUAAUGGAUAAAACUGGACGUCACACAAAACGCUACUGAAAGUUUUAUUAAAAAAAACGGAGGCGCCCUUAAAGGUGACGCUCGUCUUCAUUGGUGCAAACCUGGAGCUUUUUUAUUUGUAUCUAAUUAUUAUUUUAGUGCUUCACCCCUUCAUUUUCCACCUUCAUUUUUGCAUCUUCAAUAGAACUUGUAGAAAUAAACCACAAAAUAAACCUGGUCUUUAAAUCUGGAAACUCCCUGAGAAGCAUUCAUAAAAUCCGGUUUGGGGGCCCUCCUGCAGCCUGAUGCAGAGUAGGGCGUAUUUAUUAAUGCGGCGCUGUUUCGUUGGAGUGACACCAAGUUUCAUGAGCAGAGCCAGGAGGAUCCACAGGGAGAUCUCAAAGGGCGUCUUGACAUGUUCAUACUCGAAGGAGAGGACGGGGAAAGCCUUCUUAUGAGCCGUGGAGUUAGUUUGGUUGUGGGAACCUUCUCGUAUCGCUCCGGAUGAUUUUCUGUCCUUUCCUGAAGCAGCAUCACGACCCGCGAAGGCAUGAGAGAAGAAAAUGAGAUAUAAAAGGCACAAUAAUCCCGUCAGACGCGGAGCGGAGCUCCUCCGUGCGGGACUGAGCACAGCCAUUUUCAGCAGGUCUGAAGGAUGGACCGCUGCUGCUGCUCAGACCCGAGGACGAUGAGGGUAGGAUGGGGAGAGAGCGUGGCGAGCCACGGAGAAGCGCGCACUUUUACGCACAAACUCUUUUGGCAUGUUAAAAUUACGCAUAACGCCGGUUUCCUGCCAUCAGCAGCAGGAGGUUUUACAGCUGGUUUAAAACUCUCUGGGUCUUCACUUGUUCCUUAUCUCGUGUUUUUGUUUUUGUUUGUUUGUUUUCCUGUUAUGUUACUCCAACAAGUUACAUCCACCAGGCAGAAAUCUCUAUCUCGAUCACACUCAUUUUCCUCUCUGCUAUAACGGGCAGCUCGAAGUGAAGCGCCAUCUGCUGGAUGGAGGACCAAAAACAGCCACCAGGCGGAGCACAUUUAAAAAGGAAACAUUGCACUUGUUACUUUUUAGUCUGCAACGUUAAAUUUACAGAAAAUUAUAUAAGAUAUAUAAUAAGCUCUGCUACUACUUCUUUUGUC